CUUUUUGGGUACUACAAAAUUGAUUCUAACACGGGUGAUGCUGUUCGUGUCGAUCGCGGUUGCAAACUAAUAGAAGGAGCCGAAUAUGACGUGCAAAUUCUGUCAAAACGCUACGAACAUCCGUCUGUUAAUGGUAGAUUUGUUCGCAAGAUAUACACUGGUAGAAGUCCAUCAAAUAGCAGAAUUUAUGAAAAUUGCAUGAUGCUCGCUGUAAUGACCUAUUAUUGGAAAGGUGAGCCGGAAUACUUUGAAGCUGGACCGCAGAGGAGGGUAAGAAUUCCAGAAGGAGCAGAACGCCAACGCCUUAUUAAUCAGAUGUAUGCGGGUGACACAGCACCCCCACUUCUUUCAGGUGUGUCUUUUGCGAUCUCCAUUUCCCAUACUGCUGUAACCAGCUCUGUUGUAGAGCUUGAUUCUAAUGUUUUGGGAACUUAA